AUGUCAUCAUCAAGUGAAAAAAACGGAUUUUCUACAUCAAAAGGAAGAUUAAACGAUGUAGACUCUUGGUAUUCUACAAAUAAUGAUCAGAACCAAUGGCUCCAAGUCGAUCUUGGCAAAAAGGAACUUGUUACAGCGAUUGCCAGUCAAGGUUCUGGUGAUAGUUAUUGGGUAGAGACUUAUUCGAUCUCUUACGGUGUGGAUAAAGAAAACCUCACUUCAUACAAAAUUAAUGCAACUCAGAAGGUAUUCGCUGGAAAUUAUGACGAGGAUACAGUCGUGACAAAUCGCUUAUAUCCAGCAAUAAAUGCGCGUUAUAUUCGCAUACACCCAGUGUCUUGGUCUGAUUACAUAUCCUUAAGAAUCGAAGUUAUUGGUUGCUACACAGGUUUUUGCAACACAAGUGAGGUUCCACUUGGAGUAGAGGAUGGAAGAAUAAAGAAUUCUCAGAUGUCAUCAUCAAAUCAUGAAAAUGGAUUUUCCACAUCAAAAGGAAGAUUAAACGGUGCAUACUCUUGGUAUCCUACAUAUGAUGAUCAGAACGAAUGGCUCCAAGUCGAUCUUCGCAAAAAGGAACUUGUUACAGCGAUUGCUACCCAAGGUUCUGGUAUUGCUUUUUGGAUGAAGACUUAUUUGAUCUCUUACGGUGUGGAUAAAGAAAACCUCACUUUAUACAAAAUUAAUGCAACUGAGAAGGAGUUUCAUGGAAAUACGGACGGAAAUUCUGUUGUGAAAAAUGUCUUAUCACCAGCUGUGACAGCUCGUUAUAUUCGCAUACACCCAAAGACAUGGAUCAUUUACAUUUCCUUGAGAGUGGAACUUUAUGGUUGUCAAAAAGGAUCUCGCGAGAAUUGGCAGUCAACACCAUUACUUACAUAUAAGAUCGCAAAGUUUUAA